AUGCAUCAUUUGGGAGAUUUGUACUUCUGUCCAAGCUGCCAGGGUGUGAAAUGUAUCCACUGCUGCCAUGUGGCCGUGGAGUGCAAGUAUUGUGUCAAUUGCAUGACGAAUUACUCUGACCAGAAAGGUGUGGUGCGGUGUUCUAAGAAUUGCUUUGAAUGUCCACAAUGUAAGUCGCCAUUGCCGGUGUCCGUGGAGGAUGCCGUGGCGAAUGGUGCCAAGGGUAAGUGUUUUACCUUUGCGUGUAUUGUGUGUGAUUAUACCUAUAAGACACUGGUUAUUACCAAACCAGCUGCACUAAAGACGAUCAUCAAGAACGAAAAUCCCAUACCGUUCACCAACUUUUUUGAGCGGUUCUCGCUACUUCAUAAGCUUGCUGUGUUGGAAGAAAAGUCGCAGGUGCCCCGAAAGUUAAAUCUGACAGUUCUAGCUCGCAUGAAAGCCAUGGACAUCCAGCGGCCCACAGGUGACCAAGAUGAGGCCAGCAACAUCACGCAAAAAUUGUCCGAAAAGAGGCCAUUGCAGAUCAACGCAGACGACGAUUUUAACUUUCGACCUUCAAAGCUAUUGCCUUUGGGUAGACACUUGACAGCCAAACGCUCUUACCUGUGUGACACAUGUCGAACCACGCUCUCCAUGCCAGUUGGUGAUCAUCGACUGAUGAAAAUCGUGACCAAAGAGUUUGCUAGCGACAUUGUGCCAACGGUUACUGCCAAAGUCGACCAUGCAAGUGUACUCAAUUUCACGCCUGGAUCAGACACUCAGUGUUCGUUGAACAUUGUUAAUGUCACUGACCUGAGCAUCAGUGUCACAGUGUCAAUACUGUCACAGUUGCCUAAGCAGUUCAUGAACAAUAAUGCCACUAUUUCCAUCUCUUUUCCAUUCACUCAUUUCAGCGUUCAAGGUCGCCGAGAGAAACUGGCCAUAAUCGACUCCAUACCCUCGCCAUAUUUGACCAGCAACACCAAAACAGCCCGAGCAGAGCAGCUCAUGCGUGCCAGCAGGCGAGAAGCGCAGCGGAGGAAGACCGAGGGCGACGAGUUCAAAGAGGUCGGUGCCAACUGGGUCUCAGUACCCUUUUCUGUUGCAGUGACCAGCAAUACUCCCCUUUUGUCCUACCCAAAGAUACCCUUCUACAUUACGAUUGAAUCAAAGUUGCCAGACACAUGGAAACCUCAUGCCAAUCGGCGUGGACUCAAGUAUGGGUUCUGGGUCGUUUGCCAAGUUGAAUAG